UGCCGACUGCGGGUAUAAUGUUGUUUUCUCCCUCAUUCCUUGCCAUUCAUUUCAGUAGUGCAGUGUAAUUUUUCUUGUGUGUGGUUUAAUGUUUAAAUAACUGUCUGCACUUUUACGAAAAGAGUAAAUAGAAAACGUUUCAUUAUUUAAAGAACGCAAAGAUGUGCAUGGACAUGGAGGCGCGAAAUUAAUUUUAGAGAAGAAUUAGUAAAAUAAAAUAUUUCCUCUUCCACGGAGAAGAGUGUAUAACGAACGAAAUAAUAAAAAAAAUAUAGAAAAAUUUAAAAGUGCAGCAAAAGUGGCCGAAGCGGAAAAAUGUUCCUUAUAUUUUAGAGACGUGUAGCAUUUUUAAAGAAAUGAAUGAUCAAGGCGAUAUAUGCAACAUAUGGAAUCGCUAACAUACCUAGAAGGAAAUAUUGUAAUUCCGAUUGACCAUAGAACAACAAAUGCAGCAACAAUAGUUCGCCAAAAUAGCAAUAUCAUAGUUUCUGCAGGGAUUCAUUAAAAAGGAUUAAUUUUAAGGAAAAGAAACAAACCCACAACAAAAAAAAAUAAAUAAAUAAACCAUUCGCCUAACAUUGCUUCAUUGAAGAGAAGCAACAACUACGACAAAAAACCACAAACUUUUGAUACGAGUUUCUUAAGUUUCUAAAGCUUUCAACACCAAACAAUUUUAAUUGAUGUUUAUGUUUUUUGUUUUUAAAUAAAGUCUUACAAAGUAGAAGAAACGUUACCAAUCGCUGGCUGCAACUUGAAGAUUUGUAAAUACUUGUGCAAUAAAUAUUGAAGCUUAAAGCGGAGGAGCAGAGCUUCUUCAAAAAAUAAAAUACAAAAUAGCAUAUAAAGUGAAAAUUUCAUGUGAAAGCCAAAGUUCAAUUUCAAAUUCUGCUUUGCAUACACACAUAGGUGGAGAUAAGUGCGUAUUUGUUGACCAGCAACAUCGAUUGUUGCAAGAAGGGAAGUGACACGGCGAUACACUCCUAUCGAGGCGGUGGCAAAGGAACUGAGGCACCACUUGCAGUAACUAAUAUUAUUUUUACUAGCCCCGCCAUCAUUGGCCACAGAAAAGUUGCAACAACCACGCUCCUCCACGAAGAGCAAAGCGCAACGGUGGUGGCAAGGCGGCUACAUCGAAAGCAACAGCAACAACAAAAACAGUGCGAGUGUUUCGCAAAAAAGCUUUUACUUUAAAUAACCAAAAUUUGCCGUGCUAAGAGUCCAGUAGUACACAUACACUAGCGUGUGUGGUUAAGAGUGUGGCGUAAACAGCCAAAAAUUUAGCUAGUAUGGAGUGCUGUUUAUCGGAGGAGGCGAAGGAACAGAAGCGUAUCAAUCAGGAAAUCGAGCGACAAUUGCGUCGAGACAAGCGCGAUGCGCGAAGGGAACUCAAACUCUUACUGCUCGGUACUGGUGAGUCCGGCAAAUCGACAUUCAUCAAACAGAUGCGUAUUAUUCACGGCAGCGGUUACUCCGACGAAGAUAAACGGGGUUACAUUAAAUUAGUCUAUCAAAAUAUAUUCAUGGCCAUGCAGUCGAUGAUCAAGGCCAUGGAUAUGUUGAAAAUUUCGUAUGGCAAAGACGAGCACGGCGAACUUGGCGAACUGGUGAUGAGUAUCGAUUAUGAAACGGUUACAUCAUUCGAAGAUCCAUAUUUGUCAGCCAUAAAAAAUCUGUGGGCAGAUACUGGCAUACAAGAAUGUUACGAUCGACGAAGAGAAUAUCAACUUACAGAUUCGGCAAAAUACUAUCUUAGUGAUCUUGAUCGUAUUGAAAAGGAAGAUUUCCUGCCCUCUGAGCAGGAUAUUCUGCGUGCUCGUGUGCCCACUACAGGGAUACUUGAGUAUCCAUUCGAUUUGGACGGUAUCGUGUUUAGAAUGGUGGACGUGGGCGGUCAGCGUUCUGAGAGAAGAAAAUGGAUUCAUUGCUUUGAGAAUGUGACUUCAAUCAUAUUUUUGGUUGCGCUAUCGGAAUACGAUCAAAUUUUAUUCGAAUCUGAUAAUGAGAAUCGUAUGGAAGAAUCAAAAGCUUUAUUUAGGACUAUUAUUACGUAUCCGUGGUUCCAAAAUUCAUCAGUUAUUCUUUUCUUAAAUAAGAAAGACUUAUUAGAGGAGAAAAUUAUGUAUUCGCAUUUGGUAGAUUACUUUCCCGAAUAUGACGGUCCACAAAGAGAUGCGAUUGCCGCCCGAGAAUUCAUACUUCGUAUGUUUGUAGACCUUAAUCCUGAUUCCGAAAAAAUCAUCUAUUCUCAUUUCACCUGUGCUACGGAUACUGAAAAUAUUAGAUUCGUGUUUGCAGCUGUUAAGGACACAAUUCUCCAAUCAAAUCUGAAGGAAUAUAAUCUGGUCUGAAGUGCUUUCAGAUGGUCAGACAAUUUUUGUGAUUUUAUUAUAUUCAUGAUUCCUUUUUCGCAUAAAAAUAUAUAAGUAAAACAAACAAAAAAUACAUAUAAUACUAAAUUAAAAGAAAAAAGUAAGCAAAAAAAAAAAUUAGACAAACAAAAUAGCGCAAAUGGCGAGGAAUAUAUAUAAACUAACGAUUAUUUAAAAGAAAAUUUUAUAACGCAAAAUAAAAAUAGAGAAUAACAUUAAUAAUAAAAUGUAUAAAAGGAUCCCGAAGUCAAAAGAAAAUAAAAUAUAUAAAUAAAAUUUUAUUUAAUAAUAUUAGAAACAAAAAUAAAUAAAAUUGCUACGGAAAAGAGACGGCGAUCAGGCACAAACAAGUGUAAGAAUAUGCGGGAAAUGAUAACUAAAUAGCACAAAACUGGAAGAGUGAAAAUUUUAAGUUAAAAACAUAAAUGGGAAAUUGCUUUCAAGAAGAGCGCCAUCAUCAUGAAGAGGAGUUUCAUUCACACACAGAAAAGCAUUCAUACUUACAUUCAUGCAUAACUAUCCAAUUCAAAGCGAAAAAUACUGAAUACCAAAAGAAAAGAGAAAAUCAAAUAAAUAUUGAAGAAGAAAAAAAAAACAAAAUAUAUAUUGUACGAAUAUAUAUAUAAAUAUAUAUAUAUAUAUAAUUACGAAUAUAUACAAUACACACUUUCAUACAUACAUUAUUUGUACAUGUAUUGAUGGAGUGAACCAUUAGAUGUAACCAUAAUUGAAAAUUAAAACAAAACAAAACAAAAAAAUGCUAAAAGAAAGAGAAUUCUUCUUAUUCAAUGAGAAGCUUAACCAAAUAUUUAAUUAAUUAUAAAAAAAAAACAAAACAAUAUGUAAAAAUGAAAAAUGAAAAUGAAGAAAUCAUAACAACAACAACUACACAUGCAACCGCUCCUACAACGACUGCCCGACUCGGCGCUGCAUUGAUACAUACAUACACAUCGUACUGAACGUAACUCCAGAUGCAGCAGACAGGUGCAAGUGGCAGCAGCGGUUGACGGCAGCAAAUUUACAUACAUACAUAGUUAAGGCGAAAGAUUUGGGAGGGAUAAAAAAGCCGCGAAACCAAAAACUUGCAAGUUUUUAUUUUUAUUUUUAAUAUUUUUUUUUAAUGUUAAUUAAUAAACGUAAAUGAGAAAUGAAUGAAAAAUGUUAAUAAUAAUAAAUUGCACAACUUAUCGUAAAUGAUAAAAAAAAAAACAACGCCAUAUACACAUAUACACGCACAGACGCUGGCACGCACACUCUCAAGUACAAGUUUACAUUUAAAGCGUGAGAAUGAGAAAGUUAAAAGAAAAAGAAAAAGAAAAAACGUGUGUAAAAUGCAAUAUAACGGUGCAUAUGUUGCAUAUGUUUAAAUAAAUGCACAUACACGCAAACACAUAUAAAAACAUAAAAAAAAUUGCAUGCGAAAAUGUAACGUAUGAUGGUUGCUAUAGAGUCAUAAACACAUACA